AUGGCUUUCAGGACACAGCAGAACUUUAAUGAUCUCAGCUCAAGUGCCUCUGAAAGCAGCUAUUUCAUUAUCCCAGAUCAACUCCUGAUCAAAAAAAUCGUGUCACAAAUAGAGUUCUACUUUUCAGAUGACAACUUGUUCAAAGAUUUGUUCCUCCUGAGGCAUAUACAAAGGAACAAGAUGGGAUUUGUGAGCAUAAAACUUCUGACAAGUUUAAAAAAGAUGAGAUGUUUAACUUGUAACUGGCGAGUGACCCUUUAUGCUCUGCAAUUCUCGAAGUUGCUGGAACUCAAUGAAGAUGGGACCAAAGUGAGGAGGAAGAAGCCUAUCCCAGAAACCUUUGUAAAUGUCCCUCUAAACAAGACGCUCCUUGCAUGGAAUGUCAUUUCAUGUGAAGAAUCCGCUAGUUCUUCAAUCCUGCUUCAAGAAAACUUUCUGGAUACACUCACAAAACUGUUCGGGCCUUUUGGUGACAUUGCCUGCAUACGCAUCUUCAGACCUGGCAAAAAGCUUCCCUCCGCAGUGAAGAAAUCUACCACUUCUUAUCCUGAGCUUUUGAGCAGAUGGUGUGCAUUGGUGGAAUAUGAAAGGUUGAAGAGUGCCCAAAAGGCUUUUGAAGGGCUUCGCCACAAGCAGUUCUGUUCUCCUGGGCAAAGCAUCAAAGUGAUCAACCUCUCUACUCUCAAAAGGAUCAAUGUGGUCAUUCAAGAAGAUAGUGAAAAGAUUGAAGAGAUACUAAAGCCUUUUACAAAAUGGUCCAACAACUUACCAGAAGGCCCCGAAGACUUCUCCCCCCGCAGUUCAUCUACAGAACCAGAUAGUAUCCGAGUUUCUACUCCUAUCGUUCCUCGGAAUUUCUCCUCUCCUCCAGUCAUGUCUACAACUAAGCCUUACAACUCAUCAGAUCAAUACCCAACCAACCAGGAAUUGAUUUCUGAGAUUGCAGAUGGCAUGAAUGAGGGAGAAGUGGAAGAUUGGAUAGCUGAGCUUCAUGAUGAAGUAGCCCCUGAGCCUGACGAUGUGGACGAAAUUGUCCAGCUGCUCUGA